CACUGAUGACGUGUUUCCCAUGCGACGCAGUGUUUAGCUCUGCAGCUAGCAUCGUUAGCUGUGUGGCUCUGGUCACCCGGUGGUUCGUGUUGGGGGGGGGGUUUGAUGGUCGGACCUGGUCCCGCUGCCCCCCAAUGUUAGCCUGAGUCUCAUCUGGACGACAUCAUGACACAAGAGGGGGAUUUGGCGUCAUCUUUACCUGAACAGCAGAAACACGGAGUGUGCUGCGUGUCCGUGCUGACCUGUCUGCUGCUCGCGUGCUCCUACGUGGGGAGUCUGUACGUGUGGAGGAGUCACCUGCCCAGGGAUCAUCCCACAGUGAUAAAAAGACGUUUCACCAGCGUUCUGAUCGUGUCUGGGCUGUCUCCUGUGUUUGUGUGGGCGUGGAGAGAGUUCACAGGAAUCACAACUGGCCCGUCGUUCCUGGCUCUAAUGGGGAUUCGAUUUGAAGGUAUCAUUCCUGCAAUCAUCCUCCCUCUGCUGCUCACCAUGGUUUUGUUUCUGGGCCCCCUUAUGCAGCUCGCCAUGGACUGUCCCUGGACCUUCAUGGACGGGAUAAGAGUCGCCCUGGACCCGUGGUUCUGGAGCCUGUGUGUCAGUGACAUGCGCUGGUUGAGGAACCAGGUGGUGGCCCCGCUGACAGAGGAACUCGUCUUCAGGGCAUGUAUGCUGCCCAUGUUGGUUCCCUGUGCCGGACUCUCCACUGCCAUCUUCACCUGCCCUCUCUUCUUCGGAGUUGCUCACUUCCAUCACAUCAUUGAGCUGCUCAGGUUCAGACAGGGGACUCUGUCGGGGAUCUUCCUGUCUGCAGUGUUCCAGUUCUCCUACACAGCUGUGUUUGGAGCCUACACGGCCUUCAUCUUCAUCAGGACAGGUCACCUGGUGGGUCCGGUUCUCUGUCACUCGUUCUGUAACUACAUGGGUUUUCCUGCCAUCAGCGCGGCGUUGGAUCAUCCUCACCGUGUCUCUGUCCUCUCCUGCUACAUGCUCGGCGUCCUCCUCUUCCUCCUCUUCCUCUUCCCCUUCACUGACCCCACCUACUACGGUCUCCCCACACCUGUCUGCACACUCACCACCUCACCCAGCCCCCUCUGCCUCUCUUGAUUGGCUGCCUCCAUGCUCCUUCCUGUGUUAAAGAGAAGGAGGAACUACAGUUCAGGUUUGUGACAUGUUGAAGAGGAGGCGGAGCUACAGUUCAGGUGUGUCCUCUGGCUACUGACAGCCAUAUAGCCAGGUUGGCUCAGUUUCCAUGCAGAUCUGGGGUUAUAAGUAACAUGUUGAUCAGCUGUUGCUGUGACACAGGAGGGGCUUUGUGUCAGUGAUGUCAGAGGAUCUGGUGUCAUGACUUUUCUUUUGAAGAAACUCGUCAGUUAGUGAAGGUUUCAUUUUAUUUUCAUGAGUUCAGAUUUAUUUUUUCUACGUUCUUGUUUUUGACGGUUUCAGUUCAAAUAAAAGGGUUAGGGUGAGUUAUUUUUAGAAGCAGUCGACAGAUCUCAGCUCAGUGAACUUCAUCUGAGGUUAAAGGAGAACUUUAAAAACAACCUGUCUCUAAUAUCAGUUUUAUAUAAUCAUUAAAGUUUGUGAUGAUGACUGGUCGUCUGGCGCAGAAUCGUUAGUACCAAGGACGGAGGUGAUGGAAGGUGUUUCAGGUGUCCAGUCUGUGUCGGGUAUGAUGAUGUGACUUAGAGUUCGAUAGUUUUAUAAUUGGUUGUUUAUAAACGUUCCCUCUGCAUGUUUAAUUUGUGUAUUUAUUAAGACACACACAUGAAUACACAGGUUUGUUCAAGUGUUAGCAUAAUGCUAAAGGUAAGUGUUAGUCCUUUAAGUCCUUUCAGGUGAUUUAGUGCUGGAUGUUCAUCUUUAAUCCAGAUUAACGUUAUAUCAGUCCAGAAGCAUCAGGUGCAUCUUUCCGUUGUACUGGGAUAUACAUUUUAGGGUUAGCUUGAUGCUAACACAUACUCAUGCUGCUCUAAGUCUGAUUCAAGAAAAGAUCAAUUACCUGAUGUGGUUUUAAACUCUGCAGUUAAAGGGUCACAGAGUUCAGGGUUCUCUUCUGGUUUCAAAUCGUUCAUAGAAACACACAUCAAAGCAGAACAACGACACCAGCAUUUCUCCAUGACGUCUGAGCCACAGCUCACCUGUCCUUUAUUCUAACCGAUCUCAGCUGCUCUGACAGAAAGAACUCUUGAAGUUAAAAUCAAACUGUGAAGACGAAGACGAGGCUGCUUUCAUCUUCAGCAAUAAAUAAAUGUGUGUGUGCACAGGAAAAAGGAACCGGUGUGUGAUGUGAGUUUUUCUGUAACCUGAAGCUGCCAGCAGGGGGCGUCAGAGCUCCUCUGUGGGAACCAUCCUUGACCAAGAAACCAUCCUUUCAUUGUGAUGAAAGGAGGAAUGUUCUAGAAUGAUAAUAAGCUUGACCCACUCUGGCUGCACACAGGGACACGCGUGACAAAGUGUACAUGAACAUUUAUGAAUAGAAAUGAUUAUUUUUCACUGGAUAAAGAUACACACUCGCAGCAGGGUGUUUCUGCUGCUCUGAGAUUCAAACAUUUAAUACACAAAAGAAUGUGACAUGUUUAUAUUUUUAAUCAGAUCUAUUUUGGAUCACAGGUACAGGUGUGAGCAUGUCACUGAGUCACACGAUGGAGGAUGUUUUAUUAGGACAAUCGUUGAUGUCUGUAAAUAAACUCUGAGCUUUUGUACAGUC